AUGUCACUAUACGACUUUUAUAUGUAUCUCAAGUACAUUGAGUAUUCAUCUGAGAAUCUUGAGUUCUAUAUCUGGUUUAAGAACUACGAAGAGUCCUACCACAAAGGGUUCGCUUCCCGUCACGACAAGGGCUCUCAUGAUCUGGUCAAGACGGCAUCGGAAAGCGGAAGCGUAUCGUCGUCUGUCUUCAAGAAGAGCCAUUAUCAACCCAGCGAUGGCGAGGGAGACGGGGACUUGGAGCCGGUCACCACAGCGAGAGAAACCCUCCAUCGUAUCUCGAUGCUAAUCACCGCCUCUGCCUCAUGCACCAGCAGCGUCGCCCACCCAUCCUACCGCCCAUGUGGUCCCUGCGCCCCAUCAUCCAACGCCAUAUUUCCGACGGCAACCUUCUUCAACAACUUCAACAACAGCCAAAUCGCCGUCCUCGCGAGCGACCCGACCCCCGACCCCGCCGACCCGGCCAACAAGUCCACCACCCUCGGCCUUCUCGCCCCUCAACCCGGUCCCAUCCCGCCUUCCGAAAUCCAAACCAUCAUCACUCUCUUUCUCCUGCCAUCGUCGUCAAAAGAACUCAACAUACCCAUGUCCCUCCGUCGCUCCGCGCUCGACGGAUUGGCUGCUACUCCCCAGGGCACGCUGCCGGACCCGAACGUCCUCAGACCGAUCGCUGAUCACGUCUACUAUUUGCUACGCUCGUGUUCGCACCGCAAUUUCGUCAGGUUGGGGGUGAGCAACGGGACGUUUGAGACGAUAUGCUUUGCGACCGUUCUGGGUUUCGUGUCGCUGGCCUUGGGAUACCUGGUGGUUCUGGUGAGGGCAUUCACGGAAGGCAGAGGUGCAAGGAGCAGGUGGGAGAGUUUCGACGGGUUUGGCUUCUGGAUGGUGGGGAUGAGUUUGGUGUUAUGCGGGCUGCGGGGCAGUUGUUUCUUUCUGUUGCUGUUCUCGAGGAGGCAGAGGUUGCCGUGGGAGAGGUUGAAUGAUGGGGAAAAGGUAGAAGGGGUACAUAUGUGUGGUGGUCAGGAAGGAAAUGAAGACGAGAUGGAGACAAAGAGAUGGUCUGUAAGACAAAGGGUAGGCAGGAUGAUGAUGUUCGAUAAGAGAUUGAAGGUGCAGGAACGCAGUCUGCGGAGAUUGCAGAGGAAGAUUGUGAUGCAGAGUAUGGUGGGUGGAACGAUCUUCUCGGCCUUGUCAGCUGUGGUCUUCCUAUUGCUUCCGAUAUGGAAGGAGACGGUUUGUGAUGACUGA